GCCGGAGCCGCCGUCUUUACUGUGGGCGUCAGGUCCGGAAAGGCGCGCCGUUGGCGAGGCUUACCGACAGGACGUCGCUGCCAGCUCCUUUGGCCUCUGCCCUCAUCCAAGAUGGCGCUUCUUGCUUCAGCAGCGGGAGGCGGUUCUAGCAUGGCGGGGCGGGUUACGCCUGCGCACUAGGCGUGAGGGAGGUGGAGAGGCCAGGCAGGCCCCAUUGUUUCGUGGCGGGGGGGGGCGGACCGCUUGUGCUGUGUCUGCUGCGGAUGGAGCCGGAGGCGCUGGCCGCGGUGGAUGGCGGCGGGGCCGGCUCGGCUCCUGGCCCCCUGGGGGCCCCCGCAGUGCUCUCCGUGUCGCAGCGCCGGGCCGAGCUCCGGCGGAGGAAGCUGCUGAUGAAUUCGGAGGAGAGAAUCAACCGAAUCAUGGGCUUCCACCGGCCGGGCGGGGUGAAGGAUGAUGAAAGUCACACAGACUCAAAACUUCAACAUGAGCAAGAUAAAUCGAACUCCCUCCCUGUUCCUGCAGUUUCAAAGCGAAUUGUGCUUGGUGAUUCUGUCUGUAAUUUGGCAGGAACAUCUGACCACACAAGUGGCAUUAUAGAGCUCAAGGGAGAUAAAAAGGACUUGUUCAGUAAAACUCCUGAGCUUGGUAAUGAUGAUACCAGUGAGCUCCGGCAUCGUAGCAGAGGGGAUCUGGCGUCAGAAGCUUCACAGAGAGCACCUCGACAUGGAUUAGAUCAAUACUUAUCAAGAUUUGAAGAAGCUAUGAAGCUAAGAAACCAUCUGAUGAAUGAGAAGCCUAGUCAAGAGAAUGGGAAUGCAGUGGAGGAAUUUGAUUCUUUUCGCAUUUUUAGAUUGGUGGGAUGUGCGCUUCUUGCCGUAGGAGUUAGGGCUUUUGUGUGCAAGUACUUGUCAAUAUUUGCUCCAUUUCUUACUUUACAACUUGCAUAUAUGGGAUUGUCCAAAUAUUUUCCAAAGAGUGAAAAGAAGAUGAAAACUACGGUAUUAACUGCUGCUCUUUUACUGUCAGGAAUCCCUGCAGAAGUGAUUAGUCGCUCCAUGGAUACCUAUAGCAAAAUGGGAGACAUUUUCACAGAUCUCUGUGUUUAUUUCUUUAUUUUUAUCUUCUGCCAUGAACUGCUUGUUUUUUUUGGUUCUGAAGUGCUGUGAUAGCUGUAGAACUCGAUACAGUAGUUACACAAAAGUUUUCCGUUCUGUAUUCCUAUAAUAUCGCUGGGUAUGCCACACAGGUUUAUACCUUAUUUAAUUCUUACCUAUUCAAAUGCUUGAAAGCGGUUAAAUCCACUCAUAUGAAUGGAAGAACAGGGUCCCAGGUCUGGGAUUGUAUUAGUACAGUUUAUUCAAUUUCUAAUGUGGAGAUUAGGGUGCAAGUGUCAGUGCUGUUUAGUUAGAUAUCCUUUUAACGUACCCCCAAGCAUCGCUUACAUUGUGUCACUUUCUUGUUUAUUCGGUAGUGUGAGGACACAACAGAACUGGUGUGCUCUCAACAGAACUAUUUAUACAUUGUGACAGGACUUACCUAAAGACUGCUCCCUGUAUAUUACUUUCUGGUUUUCUUUAAAUUUAAAUAAAAUAAAAUGUACCCAUACAUUCUGUUGUUCAAACUCUGAAUGUUGAACAAAAAUAGCCUCAGCCCACAAGCCUGCUGCAGUUUGUUGAUGCACCACCUCAACAUCUUGCUCUCAGUUGAAGUCCUCAUCCUUUCAGUGCAUAAGUUAUUUGUUAUAGCCAUGACUGAUUUCAAGUGAGGAAACCGGAGCAAAACAACUAAGCAAAAAAAUCCUGUUGUCCUACAAAUGUCAUUCUUCAAGAAGUAAGAAGACAUAGUUAGAAACUAUGCUAAUCUCAUAAUGUUUCCCUGAGCAUUUGGCAGCUCUCUAAUGCUAGUAGUUAUCCUAACCCUAGUUUUACCCAUGCUUUCAUCUUGACCCCGAUUUACUGUUCUGUCUAGAGGGUUCACUUUAUACAGUGAAAGCAGCACUCAAGAAGCCUGAGUCUAAAGCAGUUGUUUCAUAUUUAUUAAUGUCUGUGCUGUUUUGGUCAACCGUUAGGCAAGCAGGGGACUACAUAUUUUGACUAUGUAUAUCUUUUCUAUAUUUCUCUCCCUGUGUUUAUUACUAAAGAUAUUUGCAUGUAAACAGGAUCUUAAUUGCAUGCAAGUUCUGCUCCGCUGCUUAAUACAGCUACUGCUCAACAGCAUAACAGAACCUUUGGCUGGCAUCAGCAGAGCUAUCUAUAUGUUGACUGACUUGCUUAUUCCUUUGUUCUAUGUGUUGGUUUGAAGUCCCUCCAAAUAAAUCACAGUAGACAUACUUAUUCAGAUCUGAAGUACUGAAACAGGCAAUGGAAAAACACUUUCUUAUCACCACGUUGUUUUGAGUUUAUUUCCACAUGAAGAUCAAUGUGUUGAGGGGUAAAGUGAUACCUGUUAUAGAGCACAUGUAAAACCAGACAGGAGGGAUUUAGGAGGCCGCCAAGGUAGAUAAAUCCUAUUCUCUCUCUAGGGGGAAGUGAGCUAGCUGUAGUUCUUCUUUCAAUCCCACAGAAAUGUGACACAUUGAGAGGAAGGAAUGGGCUAUCUGAAGUGUUAUCCUAGCUAGCCACCCCUUCACAUUGGCCAUCUUCAAUGAUUUCUGCUGCCUCUGAACUUUGGUGUUACCUCCACCAUGUAGCUUGUCUAUUUACUAUUGAAGCUACAAGGUGAAAUAGGCCAAUAUCAGUUUUUCAAUUUGGAGAGGAUCAAUAAUUUUAUUGGUGCUUGUCUAAAGUGAUAGUUUUGCUUCUUAACAAAAAAAAACUGACUAUAGUUGCUAAAGUAAACAAGACUGUGCUUUCUGCCUAAUCUUUCUCAACUAAAAUUAUCUGCAUUAUAAUUUUAAUUCUGCAUUUCUCAGCCAAUUGUUAGACCUAUGUCUGUGGCAUGAAAAAUAAUCGUGUGUUCUAAUUCUACACUACAUUCAGUUCUUUUGCACUACCGUUGUUUUUGUUGGCCAGCCAAUUGUAUACAUUUAGGGCUAGAUUGUAAACUAUUCUGAUUUAGAUCUGAUAGCACAAAUGCAGUUUGCAAUGAUAGCGUAGCUGUGUUGAUCCCAGGAUAUUAGAGAGAGACCAAGUGGGCGAGAUAACUUUUACUGGAUCAACUUCUGUUGGUGAAAGAGACAAGCUUUCAAGAUACACAGAGCCUCUUUCACCAACAGCAGUUGGUCCAGUUAAAGAUAUUACCUCAUCCACCUUGUCUCAGCACAAAUAUAGACAUGUUAAAAGGUUCAGUCAACAGAUUCAGAUAGGGGAUUUUCAAACCAUCGUGAAAUGUAAAUGAGUCUGCUCAAAAAAUAUGUGACCUAACUUUCAGGAUUAUAUCACACACAAACGAGUAUUGCAGAAAUGCAACAUAUUAGUCCUAUGGAGGGUCUAAAAACGCUUAAUUUCUCAUUAUUCCUGACUAAUAUUCCAGCUUUUAAGAAUGGUUUAAUUGUAAUUAGUUAAGCCUAGAAAAACAUCUUGAUGUACAGAUUAUUUUUCUGCACUCUACUUCUUUUGCAUUCCUAUAACUUGGAAAUGACUAAGCCAGAUUUCUUUCAUAGGUGGCAGAAGAAAUAUUGCUCUGAGGCUUAACAUGGAAAUUUUGACUCUGAAAAGAAUACUUUUGUCAGACAUAUAAUGCUUCUGAAGAUACGGUGUGCAUAUAACCCUCCUCUCUGCUGUAAUGAAUGAAUGAAGCAUAGGGCUGGUAGGGCAAAUGUUCACAAAGGGAAAUUCUUUCAUUGCUUGGUCAAGGAUGAAUUCAAUCUCUAUGAUCUCAUUUUCUCUGUCCAUGUACAAUAUUCUGUUUAAUUAUUUCUACACUGGUUGUUUUCUACUAAAUUUAUUAAAGUUAUGCUUGUUACCACCUUCGUUAUGGUUUGACUGUCCUUGGGAAGCCAACCUUUUUUAUUAAUAGAGAUCUCAUGCUUUGUUAAUGUUCUGAACAAGUUGCCCGUUCCACAGGGAACAUCAAAAAAGGGCUACAUUUCACUGUCCUGUAUUAGUAAAUGGUUUGAUCUGAGCACAGGACUAAGAGCUGGAAAUUCCUUUGUUGUAAUUCCAGCUCAAAUACUGACUCACUCAUUGAAAGCAACAGAGGAUUUGAACCCCCUGCCUCAGUUUCCCUAUCUGCAGAGUUGUGUUAUUUUCCCUAUUCUACAAAGCUGUACUUGUUCAGGUAUCCAAAUUACAUUAAUAAGUCCCCAGAAGAUAGUAACUACUUGCCUGAGUAACACUUUGAAGGGGGAAAGUUCAUGGUUACUUACAGGGUAUUUUAAAUUAAUAAUAGUGUUUGUAAAGAUUAAAAACUAUAUAAAUGCUAAGUAUUGUUUGGGGUUAAUUACUGUACAUAAACUGCAUAUGUGCUAAAUUACAGCACAUGAAGUUAGCACACUGAUUACUGAAUAAACCUCAAAAUUGGUGUUCA